AUGCAUAGNAUUGAUCAUUUCUUCUUCCUCAUGACUACACUCUCCGAGGUCGAGACUCCAGUUCCCGGUGGUGUCGACUCUCAAGACAUGGGCUCUGAGAAGUACGGACUCCUCGAGGAAGACAAAUACAAGGACAAGAAGCGAACUUCAUCAGCUUCCGAGCCUACCUACAUAUCUUCGAGUAUCCGCGCAACACUACGCCACUUGAAUGUCGAGGCGGGAGAUCUAAGCAUGUUCCGUGGUAUAGGAUCUUCUUCAGCUGCCGUCCUGCUCCUGACUCCCAUGUAUCUCGCCGUCAGCUUUGUCUCGCACAGGAUUCCUUUUAUCAAGAAGAGCGACCGCGUGGCAGAAAAUUUUGCUCAGCACGUUGUGUCCCUCAUUGCGAUCCAGAUUAGCGUCACCAUUCUGCACGUGUGCAUAUCCAAGCCCCGCUACAAGUUUUGGUUCCGUCGUAUGCCAAUGACGUGGUUCAAAGUACUGCGUACCGCUUGGCUUGCUUCAUUGGUCGAUGGUCUGAGCGACGACGUUGUCCAAGCAGCCUUCUACUACCUUACACCUGCUUCGAAGUCCAAGUCUACUACACCUGACACGAGGAGUCAGCACCAAGUAUUCCAGUUCAGUGAUGGUCCACUGGUGAAGAUAAGUGUUGCCAUCAUCCUCUGGGCUUGUAUCAAGUCCAUGCUGCGUGCUCAGAUCAAGCCUUUGGUACGCUUGGUGGUGCUAAGACCAUUCGAAGCAAUCCAAACUCGUGUCUUUGCCUCGAUGCUGAGAGACGACGAAGACCCUGUCAUCCCUAUGGAUCGCAGUUUCCAAGGCCGCCCUCAAUCCGGCGGUAUCUUACAACAACAAUCGCAGCCACUGAGCUUCAUGGAAGCCGCACGCACAAUCGACAAGCAGACCUACAUUCGCCUGGUCAAGCUGAAGUUCAAGCUCCAUGUCAUCAAACAGCUCAUCGAAUGGGCCUUCUGGACUCUGAUCUUCGCAGAAGUCAUUUACUUUAUCGGUCCUAGCGCUGUCUGGGUUGUGCUGAAGCUGAUUAGUGGUACUCCCAUUGUGCAAGCUGAUCUGGAUCGCGUGCAGGGUAAUGCGACGAGAAACUUCUUGGGCAACAUGAUCGCUGGUCCUAGUAACUUUACGUCUGAGUCCCUGAACAUGACGGUUACCACUCUCUCGCUUGAUCAGUAG